AUGGCCGACGGCUUCGUUCUGGCGCUCGCCCUGCUAGCGCUGGCCCUCGCGGGCUCCCAGGACACGCGGGGCGAGCAAGAGCUCCGCUUCAAGCCCGCCCCGCGGGAGAGGCCUGUGCGGCUCUUCACCGAAUCCGAGCUGGCCAGAUACGACGGGCAGGAGGAGGAUCAGCCUAUUUACAUAGCUGUGAAAGGUGUGGUGUUUGAUGUCAGUUCAGGAAAAGAGUUUUAUGGGAAAGGAGCACCGUACAAUGCCCUGGUUGGCAAGGAUUCGACCCGAGGAAUCGCAAAGAUGUCCCUUGAUCCAGCGGAUCUCACGCAUGAUACAAUGGGACUCGCAGAAGAAGAGUUGCAAUCUCUGGACGAGACCUUCAAUAAUGUCUACAAAGCGAAAUAUCCUAUUGUUGGCUACACUGCCCGAAGAAUUCUCAAUGAAGAUGGCAGCCCCAAUCCAGACUUCAAACCUGAAGAUCAGCCACAUUUCACCAUUAAGGACGAGUUUUGACCAAUGACUUUGCAGUCCGAGGCAUCAAGGGAUUCCAACUGGAAAUAGACAAACCCUGGCUGUAUUUCUGCCAACAGGGAGAACACCCGAAAAUCAAAUCAUAGCCUGCUCCUAUAGUGGUGUGUAUUUUUCUCAAUUUUGAGGGCUCCGAUUUCAGCAGGGCUGUGAAUCCAUUCUGGGUUUCAGUCAGUACCAGCCAGAACUCUAAAGGAGCUCUCGAAGGUGCUGAACCAUAUCCCCAAAGUAGUUAAAAGUAAGCUCAAGACUGGACUGCUGCAAUGCGCUCUAUGUGGGGCUGCCCUUAAGGCUGCUAAGGAAGCUGGAGCUAGUGCAGAAUGCAGCAGCCCGGCUGCUGCCCCCUUUCAGCAAGCAACUCCUUUGCUGAGGAAACUGCACUGGCUGCCUAUUCACUACCAGGCCUGGUUUAAGGUUUUGGUACCAAUGUACAGCUUGGGACUAAUGUACAGCACUUUCUCCCCUACCAUCCUGCCUGGUGAUUGAGGUCACUAGAGAGCAUAGCUCCUGGUAGUUCCACCAGGACCUAUGGCCCAACUGGCAUCCACAGGAGAAGAGCCUUCAGUGUGAUGGCCCCCUUUCUUUGGAACCCCCUGCCCCUGGAGUCAGGCAGGCAGCAACUCUAGGCUGCUUCUGGUGCCUCCUGAAAACAGCUCCAUUCCAGGAAGUAUUCUGUAACUGACAGCCUGUGGUUUUUAUUGGCAUUCUGUUUUUAAAAAGUAUAAUUUUAA